GCCGGCUGCGGGCGGCGUCGCGUCCCGGAGCCCUCGGCGGUCGCUGCGCUGCGGUCCCGCUCAUCGCCAUGGAGAAGUACAAAGCUCUCGAGCAGCUGCUCACAGAACUUGAAGAUUUUCUGAGGAUACUGGACAAGGAGAACUUGAGCAGCACUGCUGUGGUGAAGAAGAGCUUUCUCUCUGACCUUCUGAAAGUCUACACCAAGUCCACUGGUGGUGAUGAGGAGUAUAUUUAUAUGAACAAAGUGACAGUCCAUAAACAGCAGGGUGACCAAGAGAAACAAGACAAAGUGCUGGAUCAGAAGAACUCCCUGACCAAUGGAGACUCAGGACUGCAUCUGUCACCUCCUCAGAAGAGCCUGCCAGAGCUCCCCCCUCCAAAGAUUCUCGAAACAAAACAACCAGCAGUCCCCAAGAUUGAAUCCCCAGAGGGAUAUUACGAGGAGGCUGAGCCCUAUGACAUCUCUGUAAAUGGUCUUUUUGGUAGGCUUGCUGCGGCUGGACCCAGGCCAGGGUUGCAGGUUACUGAGGGCGUUAUUUAUGCCACAAUAACUAUGGAAGAUGGUGAAGCUGUUAGUAGUUCCUACGAAUCUUAUGAUGAGGAAGAGAGCAGCAAAGGCAAGUCAGCAACCCAUCAGUGGCCAUCCCCAGAGGCCACCAUCGAGCUGAUGAAGGACGCUCGCAUCUGUGCCUUCCUGUGGAGAAAGAAGUGGCUGGGACAGUGGGCAAAGCAGCUGUGUGUUAUCAAGGACACCAGGCUGCUGUGCUACAAGAGCUCCAAGGACCACAACCCCCAGCUGGACGUGAAUUUGCUGGGCUGCACAGUCAUUCACAAGGAAAAGCAAGUGAGGAAGAAGGAGCACAAGCUGAAGAUCAUCCCCACAAACGCUGAUGUCAUCGUGCUGGGGCUGCAGAGCAAGGACCAGGCAGAGCAGUGGCUCAGGGUAAUCCAAGAGACCAGUGGUCUGCUCUGUGAAGGCGGCAGUGAAGGCAACCAGUACAUCCCAGACUCGCAGCGUCUCAGCUACCCAAAGGUGGAGGUGUCUGAGAGAUACUCUGCAGCCUCUGAGAGCGGGAGCAGCACCGACGGCCACAUGGAGACAGCUGAGGCAAAAGAUGUUAAGAAGAAGGGCACAACUGGCCUGAAACUGAGCAACCUGAUGAACCUCGGGAGGAAGAAGUCCAGCUCCCUGGAUAGCCCAGAGAGAUCCCUGGAGACUUCAAGUUACCUGAAUGUGCUGGUGAACAGCCAGUGGAAGUCACGGUGGUGUCAGAUAAAAGAUGGGCACCUCCAUUUCUACCAGGACAGGAACAGAAGCAAGCUGGCUCAGCAGCCCCUGAGUUUGGCAGGCUGUGAGAUCAUCCCAGAGCCGAGCCCUGACCAUCUCUACUCCUUCCGCAUCCUGCACAACGGGGAGGAGAGGGUUGUUUUGGAGGCAAAGUCCUCUGAGGAGAUGGGCCACUGGCUGGGCCUCCUCUUGUCGGAGUCAGGCUCGAAAACAGACCCAGAGGAAUUCACCUACGAUUACGUGGAUGCUGACAGGGUUUCCUGCAUUGUGAGCGCUGCCAAGAAUUCCUUCUUGCUCAUGCAGAGGAAAUACUCUGAGCCCAAUGCCUACAUUGACAACCUGCCCAAGGGCAGGGUGCAGCAGGACGAGCUCUACGACGACGUGGAUCUGCCAGACCUGCCUGUGGAGGAAGUACCCAAGAGUGAGAGCAAACUGGAGGGGGAUCAAGACAGGGUGUAUCUGGAUCUCACCCCAGUGAAGUCCUUACUGCACUGUGCUGGCAAGAUGUCAUGCCAGUCUUCCCCCCUCGGGUCACCAUCCCUAGAAAGGGCUGCCAAGGCUGCCCCAGAGAGCACAGCUGAGACAGCCCCCAUGGCCAAGGAAGCUGAGCCCUGUGCUAAGGCAGCGGAGACCGCGGAGCAGAAACACCCAGAGAAGCCAGACCCCGAGGAGGCUGUGCCACGGGUGCCUGCUGCCAAAAUGCAGAGCCAGCAGCAGAGCAAUGUGGCCCCUGAGGUGCCAGCGGGGCCAGUUCCAGCAGGCAGUCCCCAGCUGGUACCUGCACACCGGCCCAAGAUGCCACUGCCAGCAGGAGCAGUGGAGACCAAGCUGGGCAAGAACAGGACAGAGGCAGAGGUGAGACGGUUCACGGAGGAGAAGGAGAGGCUGGAGAAGGAGAAGGAUGAGAUCCGAGCUCAGCUCACCCAGCUGCGCAAGGAGAGGCGGGAGCUGAAGGAAAUGCUUGGUGGCAGCACAGACAAGAGUUUGGAGCAGAGGCUGAAGGAGAUAGAUGAAGAAUGCAAAAGAAAGGAAAGCCAGAGGGUGGACCUGGAGCUGAGCCUGGUGGAGGUGAAGGAGAACCUGAAGAAGGCAGAGUCUGGCCCGGUGACACUGGGCACAGCAGUGGACACCACACACCUGGAGAACACAGCCCCACGGGUUCAGGCCAAAAGUGCCAGUCCAGCAAACAGCGCAGAGAACUCACCAGUCAACUCAGCCACGGCUUUAAAAAACCGGCCCUUAUCUGUUAUGGUCACGGGGAAGGGAACAGUCCUACAGAAAGCUAAGGAAUGGGAGAAAAAGGGAGCCAGUUAGAAGCACGUUGUUCAGAGAUGGACUAAAGACUCGAAUUGCCCACGCUUGGCCCAGGGGAUUCAACCAUCUGUCAGUGGAGGUUGGGUGUUCAGCACCACCACACACCAAGUGCCUCCUCCACGUGGCGCCCACAGCUCCGACGCAGCGCUGGAGUCACAGCUGCUGACCCGAGUUACCCCACAUGAACCUGCUCUUUCCAGACAAAUCCCAACCAUGUAGCUAAAACAAUAACAGCCAGUGGCAAUCCUUCCAUCAAAGUCCUAACCCAGCUGAUGUAAACAAGAACGUUACUGUACAUAGGGGGUGUUUUGUGUAUUUCUACUCUGAAGGUUUAUAAUUGAGUUAUUAAGGUUUCUGUAUUAGUGACUGUAGUGGAUUCAGAAGGAACCUCUGCUCUUCCUCAGCCUGGUGAGUUUGUACCUGUCCUGAUAAGGUUGUCAAUCUGUCUUGCUGCCAGUCAUCACUCAGCUACAUUUCAUCCAGCCUUCAAUCUAUCUAAGGGCUAUCCCACAUGUGAGCAAUUCUUCAAAUAUGAAUGAGAAGCACACAGCAGCCUGUCCAGGGCAUUUUUUAAUCAGUGUCCUGAUGCAUUCCAGCAUCUCCUACCAGCUGCAGGUUUGCUAGAAUAUUGAGCUGCUCACCUUCUCGUGCUGUAAGCUGUGUUACAGACUGGCAGCGAAAAGAGCUCUGAGCAAAGAUGAUCUGCCAGGCAGAUUCAGUUAGCUUUCUUAAGGAUCUUAAUUCAC